AUUUCUACCUCCGUGAUAUUACCACUACCAGGCAUCAUAGAGAUCAUACUAUAAAGUUAAUCAAAUCCACACGUCCGUUGUGUUUUUUUUCAUUUUAAGUAGAGAAGAUGUAUAAUCUAUUUUAUUUCUUUUUUAACGUCAAUUUUUUGUUCCACUGGUUGAUCUCAACGCUGAGAGCUGAGGGCUCGUUUGCCAUUUCUAUUCUAUCCUAUAUGCGGGUGUGAGCUGAGACCAUGGAGCCACAGCAUGUGGAGAUUGAGCCGCGUAUUGGGUUAUGUGACCAGCCAAUACGAUGGUAAAAUAAAGAAAGGAGAAUACUACCCAAUACUUUUAUCAGCUAACCAGUUGAAUAAGAAAAACCAGCCACGAAUUUACAGAAUAUGCAAUAGUUACCCAAACAGUUGUUAUUUACUUAGUCGCAGCUCGCUUGAGCUAGCUAGCUGCAUUGAGGAAUCACAAUUUUGAUACACAACACAAAAUAUGUGAUAAGCUAUGAAUACCAGGAGUCAAAGUGAGUAGGAAGGGCAUGAAGUGGCAUUGUGGUGCGAUCACUCAUACUGGCCAAGCCACCUAAGUCACCUGCAAAAAGUGCCAAGGGGAAGAAGGGGAAAUUGAGCAAAGCAGAAAAGGAGCGGCUGAAGAAGGAGGAAUUGGAGCUUAAAGCUAAAGAAGAAGAAGAUGCUCGUGCAAAAGCGGAACAAGAAGAGAAGGAACGUUUGGAGAGGGAAAGACUUGAGAGAGAAGAACGUCUACGAAUUGAAGCUGCUGAGAGUCAACGUCAUGCUACUGAAGUGAGUGAGUUACAGUCCAUCCUAGAGGGCAAUGAGAUUGCUCUUUCAAACAUUCAUGAUGAAAGGCGAGCUAAAGCCAAGUGGGAUCGCUAUAUGCAGUGUGAUGGCACACCAGACCCAACAAUUGCUGCUGAGGUUAACACAUACAUCAAUUUAUCCUAUGAAGCUACUGACACCAAUGACAUUGAUUCUGUUAUAUUAGAAAGCAAGCAAACGUUGGCUUUGAUAAGUGAGUUGGAGUUUCUACUGGAUGACACUCCGGAGAAGGAUCUGAAUGAAUCUCAAGCUGCUAGAUAUCAAGAUACCAUCAAUGAACUACAGAAUCUACUGAGCAGCAAGGUGGAUGCAGCCACUGUGUUACUUCUGAAGGCUGCAUCAAGUUUGGCCGAUACUGAGUCUGGAAACCUUCAAUUUGUGAAAAGCAGCAGUGACUUCACACUCAUGCUGUGGGGGAAUCUCAUCAAAAACCCACGCUUCAAAUCAUAUGAAUUUGAAGAAGAGAACUUCAUCUUUGAAUUGCCCAAGCAGCUAGCAUUGUCAGAUAUCGCCAUCCGUGUCCUCCGUACACAGUACGAUCACUACUCACAUCUCUGCAGAACCUUUCAUGCAAAGAAGAAGAAGAAACCAUCCAUUGUAAUGGAGGCAGUUGUACAUGAGGAUGAAGACAAAAAAGAGAAACCAGAAGAAGCUGGCAAGACCGAGGAGGAAGAAGGAGCAGUAAGUGCUGAGGAGAAGCAGGAUGGAGAAAGUGACAAGGAAGAGCAGGAGGAAGGCUUUGAUGAAACAGAUGAACCCAAACCACCAAGUCCAUCAAGAACACCACAGCAAACACAGCCUGCACAACCUGAUCCUGAGGAGGUGGAGGAGGAAGAUGAGGCAGAAGAGGAGUAUGAUCAGGAAGAUGAGGACACCGUUGAUCUGCGAGCAUACCAAGUCUUGGGUGGGGUGAUUCACCUGGAUCUCUUGUCUCUGCCCCCGCAGCCCAAGCAAGUCAAAUCGUGGGUUAUGACGCAAGUAUCUGGUAAUGAGCUGAAGAAAGUAGCCUACCCAGCAGGAGAUAAUCGACUAGGUCAGACACUGUCUGGUACCAUGACUAUGGGGCAGACAUUGGAUCCUAAGGCAUUAGCUAAUGCUGCAGCCGCUACCGAGGCAUUGGGGGCUCCACCAGUAGGCAUCAGCUUCAGGUUAUGUGAGGAUGUGUUGUACAGUGAGGAACCACAGAUGGCUUACUGGUGCCCCGAAAGGAAGCAGUGGAGAUUAGAUGGCUUUAUUGAUAUCAAGUUUAAUGAGGAAACAAGAAUUCUGUCGUUCAAGACAAUCAACUUUGGACCUUUAGCCUGUCUCCAAGACAAGCACAUCAAUAUGCCAUUCCAGUCCUGGGAGUUGCGUCCUAUUGCUGUGAAUCAUGCUAGAUUUACUGUCAUGGCAGCUAUUAUUGAAGCAGAGAUUGAGAUCAAGGGAUCAUUGUGUUGCUUCAGACAGACACCUGAUAGCGAGAUCAAACCAGAAUUGAAUGACCUGAAGGAGAAAUGGAUGACACCUAAAGAGCUGAUCAAGGCUAUGAAGACUGUUGGUGUCAACCUUUUCCCUGAAGAUGAUUCUAAGAAGUAUGUCAGCAUUGUGGAGAAGACCACAGUGAUUGAAGAUGCUAUCUACCAUCAGAUGGCUCUCUGUGCAUCUCAUUUUGCAUUUGCUUGGAGCAAAUGGAAUUCUGAGGUGGGAGCAGAGAAAGUUAUCGUCCAGGGAACUCAGAAAUUGGUUGAUGAGGCUCCUCAGGAUAACGUUGAUGACGAUGAAAAGAAAAAGGACGAGUGGUCUUUGUUGAUGGUAAGCAAACAGCGAACAAUGAAGCUACGAGUCUCUGAAUAUGAUGAGGAAUUCUCUGAAGACUAUGCAGAUGGAUCACAGUUCCAUGCUGACUUGUAUCACAUGGUUUGUGAGUUGUCUACUGAAGAAGGAAUGGAUAGAAUGGGCAACACUGACUUCCGCUUUGUAGAUGCUGUGUAUCAGCUGCUUUCAGCUACUAGACUCUUAACUUAUUCCUAAAUUGUAAGUGCUUCAUGGUUCCAGUCACAAGAAUACAUGGGAUUGCAGUACAUGUACUGCAAAUAUCUGCAUUCCAAAAUGAAAAGACAUUCAAAGUUGCUGUUUUUAUAUAUUACACGGAUUGAAUAGUUUAAGUCUUUAUAUCAUGAUUUUUCAUUUCGGGUCCUUUACUGAAAUUGUUAUCAAGAGUUGAAUUAGUAUUUCCAAAGACAAUAUGCCGGUACUAAAAACCCUUUUGUUACAAGCAUAUUCUAGUUCUAUGUACAUGUUUUUAACUCUAACCCUCAAGUGUCAGGGGAAAAUCAUAUUGAAAUUGGAGAAUUCAGCUCUGUUAGAGUGAAGUAUUUGAAUGUCUGACUUUAUUGCAACUUCCAUGUGCAAUUAUUCUUCUUGUCAACCCCAAAAAGGUUUACCAAUGCUGUGUGCAAAAUACACAGUGGAUAGCUCUUUCUAUGUUGGCACUUCCUAGAGCAAGCAAAUGAAUGCUGUGUGACUAACUGCAUAGAAUACAAAGUAUGAUAUUAGAUUGUAAUUGUUUUUACAUUUCCCCUCAGGAGGGGGCAUGAACUGUUGAAUUGGGCAAUAUGUGGUUUGACAGUACUCAUGUUUGGCUUGAUAUUGUUGAAGUAACUUCUCAAAUACUGACUUGGAAAAAAGUGGCUUUUACACAAUUUAGGGAAAACAACCAAUCUAACAUCUUGAAGAAUAGUAUGUUAAUCCCCCACAACGCUAGCCACACUGUCUCAAGUUCCUGUGCCUUUUGUUUAGCAUGUUCACAUCGUGUGUAUAUUUUUGCCUCACAUUGUGUAGUGUCCAAGUUAAUCCCACAUGAUUGUUAUACAUGUGAAAUUGCUCUCCACUAAAUCCAUUUGGUCCAUAUCUGGUUCGUAAGUUUGAUAUUUCAGUUUAAACCACGACAACUGCACGUAGAGUUACCCAUGGAACUGGAAGGUAACACCCAACUUCAGUGUUGGUCCAAUUAGAGCCUGCAAUGAGUGACCAGUGCAUCAACAUGUAUGACGAAGCCACUUAUAUGUACAAACUGAAUAUUAUACAAUGUAUACCCUCUCCCACAUGCUUAUUCUUUGUAUAAAUAUUGCCAUGGAGUGUUAUUGAUAGGAGACUUGAAAAUGGCCUAAAUUUGGAAAUGAGUUGAAAAAGAACAAGUACACGUGGAUUAGGAAAAAGUCCAUGUCUAUUCAGUGUAGGUAUUCAGUGUUAAGCUGUAGCAGAGGUAUUUUUUGUGAUUCGAGGCAAGCUUUUGCCUGACCACCAUCUCUGGAAUGGACUGGUUCCUUUGUGCCGUUCUUAUCCAUCGUAAACAGUGUAUUGUGGCAAGGCAUCUCUCAUGUAACUAUAAAGCAGAAGCUUGCGCCGAAUCACAAGGUAUAACUCCAGUGUCUUUAGUAUGGAGAAUUCAAAUUGUUAGGUUUGCAUAAGUACAAAGAACUCAGUGUACCAGAUUCUAUUCAAAUUUAACUUCUUCAUUCCACUUGAUCUGAUUUUCACUUGUUUGAAUUGCAUUCCCUUUUGGGAUAUAUACAUGUAUAUAUGAGUGUGUGUAUGACGGGCAUUACUAGUAUCACAGGUAUUUGACCUCAUCUGUGGUAACCUGAGGCCCUUGGCUAUUGGAUUUUCUAGCACACAAUUGUGAAUAGCUCUAGUGAUUUUUGAUUGCAAGUCAGUUCAGUUUACUGUUGUCACUAGCGGCUAUGUGGUGACAUUUGCUUUAGUAAGGAAGUCUGUAGGAAGUUUGCCCGUUCAAAGACCAAUAAUUAUUCGACAUUCACAAUUAAAAGUUACUGUAUAUUGUUCAUGGUCACACUGUAUUCAAAUGUAUUUGAAGUUACUGUAAAAUUAAUCUUAUAAAUAUAUUUGUUGCAAAGAUGUUUAUUUUUCCCUGUUUUGUAGGUAUGAAUGGAUUGGUUUGAUGGACUUCUUUUAAGGUUGUUUAUGUACAAUACAGAUAUAUUGCCGUGAGUGUAAUGUGUAAAAAACUACUAAUUUGAUCUGCCGUCCAUUUUCUAUCACCUUGACUACAAAAAAUACGAGUAUAUUUUGUUAGUUGCAUAUGGUUUGUUAAUAAAGUUUGUUGAACUUAACUUGUACAUCCACGGUGGACUUUGUAUCUGAUACUGUUUAGUUUGUUGAACUUUACUUGUACAUCCACGGUGGACUUUGUAUCUGAUACCGUUGCUGUUCUGGCAUUGUCAGUGGCCUGUAUUGAGGACACAGCUAGUACAUCCUACAGAGGUUAAAGAUGAUCAAGCAACACAGAUACCUGAACUAAUUUUGAGGUCUUUUUAUUUGGCAACUUACUUGAAUAUUUGUCAACUCAAAGAUUGAUAAGGCUCAUACUGUAGUAAUGAAGCUGUAUAGGUACAUGUACAUGUUGGGGAUAGGCCUUGAAGGUGUUAGAUUGAAACAUGCAAAACAGGCAUACACUGCCUCAUGACCGAUGCAGGUGCGUUAAACAGUAGCUCAUGGAACUCUAGGUACUUCAAGAGGGAAGCACCAAUGCAUACAAUAUUUAAGACAAGUUUACAUUCCUGUUGCUAGUAAUCCCUGAAUAAAAUGACCACAUUGGUGCAAGAGUGCACAACAAAUCAAAA